CUCCCCGGCUGGAAGGGAUUCAGACAUCAUGCAGUCAUCGGUGGGUGGUGACAAACUAUAGUGUGUGUAGCCUAUACACUGAGAGUGACAAACACACAAGCACAGCCCUGUUCUGACCGUGAACUGAGGAGGAAGCUGCUGCUGCUAGCUCGAUGGCGAUGAAGAUGGAUUUAAAUGUCAUCAUAGAACAAAUGGAGACGGGAGAACAAGAUACCGCUCUGACGGCUCUACAGAGCUACAACAAGGAGAUGAACCACUGCUUUACAUUCAGCAAGGAAGAUGAGCAGGACAGAGAGGAAGGGAACUUACGAAAGCUUCUGGGGGAGUUGGUGCUCAGUUACCUAAACAGGGAGUUGCAGCCUUCCUGUCAGCUGGCCUGUCUAGAAACAGUUAGGAUCUUGUCCAGAGACAAACACUGCCUGGAUCCCUUCAUCAGCCGCUCUGCCAUGGCCACACUCGCCCGCUAUGCCGGCAUUGCCGUGUGCAGUGCUGCCACACCCACCCACAGCCAGCUGGUGGAGGGCCAAGUGGAGGGUGAGGAAGGAGAGGGGGAAGAGGCAGCAGAAGUAUCCAGUGAGGAGGUGGAGAAAGCCUCCCCUCCCUCAGAAAACUCUGACCAGGAAGUGAUUGUUGAGGCUCUCAAGUCCAUCUGUAACAUCCUGCUACACAACGAGCCAGGACAGGUGGUAGCAGCAGACCUACAGCUGAUAAAGGGUGUCUCAGAGAGGCUGAAGCAGUGUUAUGAUCCCACCUGGAACCACGAGGUGCGAUUCUUUGACUUGCGCCUCACCUUCCUGCUGACAGCCCUGAGAGUGGAUGUCCGGGUACAGCUAGCUCAGGAGCUUCAUGGCAUCAGGCUUCUAGGUAACCAGUUGGAUGCCACUCUGGGUCUGUGUUGGCCGGAUACAUUGGAGACAGCAAGGUCAGGGUUUGAGGACGCCCCCCCUGAACAGCUGCCCCCACUGAGCCGGCAGCAGACAGAACUAGCCAUGGAAAUACUGAAAAUACUCUUCAACAUCACAUUUGACACAGCCAAACGCAAGGUCGAUGAGGAAGACGCAGCAGAGUACAGACAUUUGGGAGCCAUACUGAGACACUGUCUAAUGAGCCAUGCAGACGGGGAGGAGCGGACCGAGGAGUUCCACAGCCAUACUGUUAACUUGCUAGGCAACCUCCCUUUGCCCUGUUUGGAUGUACUGUUGAUGCCCAAAGUGCAACAAGGCUCCAUUGAGUACAUGGGGGUCAACAUGGAUGCUGUCAACAUGCUGCUGGAAUACAUGGAAAAAAGACUUGACCGGGGACAUAAGCUGAAGGAGACCCUUCUCCCAUCACUGACCUUGCUGACUGAGAGUGCCCGAAUCCACAGAGAGACCAGGAAGUUCCUCAGGUCAAAGGUGCUGCCCCCACUGCGUGAUGUGAAGAACAGACCAGAGGUGGGCAAUACUCUGAGGAACAAACUAGUCCGUAUUAUGACACACAUUGACACUGACGUCAAGGACUGUGCUGCCGAAUUCCUUUUUGUUCUCUGCAAAGAAAGUGUUUCCAGGUUCAUUAAGUACACUGGAUAUGGUAAUGCUGCAGGUCUGCUGGCUGCCAGAGGACUGCUCAGGGGGGGCAGAGACUCCGGGAUCUACUCUGAAGAUGAAGACUCUGAGACAGAGGAGUACAGAGAGGCCAAGGCCCAUAUAAACCCAAUAACAGGAGUUGUAGAAGAGGAUCAGCCCAAUCCCAUGGAGGGAAUGACAGAGGAGCAGAAGGAAAUUGAAGCCAUGAAGCUGGUCAACAUGUUUGACAAACUGUCAAGGACCAAUUUGAUCCAGCCCAUGCAGCUCGGUAUGGAUGGAAAGAUGAGAGAGAUUGCUCCAGAAGAUCUGCACAAACUGGCCCACAAUCCCUUAUUCCAGCCAGAAGAGCCAGCUCAUUCAGACAGUGAAGAUGAGGCUUAGUGACCACGGAGACAUAGAGGUGGAAACAGAUUCAAUUCCUGAGACAGCCGUCAUUAUUACAGAUAUUCACGUCACACAGUCCAACCUGUUCCUGUUUACGUUUUCUGAUGGGAGGUGAAUUAUGGAAAGUUGGGAUUUGUUUAGUCAAAGUGAAAACAAAGCACAGAGUACAUGGAAGGCAACUUAAAGGACCCUUUAUGAGUUAUUCUGUUGACUUACAAAUCACCAGUGUUUUACUGCUCACCACUUUCCAAAGAGAACUGUCACUUUGUAGACGAGUUUCCUUCCACUCAGACAUUUGUCUCAGUUUAUUUCAGUACACUAUGAAAACCAACUUGCUUUGGGGUGCUGUAGAGCACUGCCAACACCAGACAGAGUAAAGGUAAAUAUUAAAACAGAUGUUUACACCUCUUUACACUAGGACAUCAAAUCUGCACAAAUAGGAACAUUUCCAGUGAGCUUGGCUGUUUAAUUGUUCAUUCAUGGAUGGUUCAUGUAGAGCUGGAGGGUUGACAUGUGACACUGGCUAUGUUUACAUGCUACACUAAUAUUCCACUAAUAUUCCGAUUUGACAAUAUUCUGUAUUUGUUGGAUUUUGUAAAUUGCAUAUUCCACACUAAGCCUUUUUCUGAAUUUUGCAUUUUCUGAUUAAGACAUGUCCAACAUGUCUAAUGUCCACUUGAGGCUGGCUCCAGAAGCCAGUCAGUCCCCAUAGACUCCCAUGCUAAAUUGCCCAACUUAACAGCAGAAAUAAAUAUAUUUACAGCCUGGUACAACAAACAGUUAGGUCUCCUUAGCUCAUAUCAACAUGCUCCUUAGCUCAUAUCAUGACAGCUGUACAGGGGGUGAAUCUUUUUUAUUACUCAUCCAUUUACAUUUUGUUUAAGCCCAACUUAUGCAUAUUUUAGAGCAGGGCCACUUGAGCUUGCUGUCUGCAAGGCGUUGCAGCCCUCUGUAAGUCAGAUCCAGAGUGAUGUCAAGGUCCCUACGGCCAUUAUUACAUACAGUCUGUGAUUUACAGUUGGAUAUGUGUGUUGUCAUGGCUACAUUUGACACAAACCAACUCUCCAACAGUUUGCAAGGUUGGUGUAGAGAAGAAAGAGAAGAAAAGCCCACAUUUCUGGUCGGAACAACUUUUAAACGUUAUGGAAGACUUGGAUAUCAACAGGUUUUUGAAAAUGUACAAAUAAUGCAAUGGCAGCCUUUUCAUAAAGGUGGCUUAAGGAAUAAAAGGGAGGCUGUGUUUGCAUGGUCCAACAAGUCCACCACCAGUAGGAAACUUAGAAAAGAAAUCCUAUUUUGAUGCAGAGAAGCAAAAUGGCACAAGCUGCUCCAGUCGUUACACUUUCCUACAUUUUGACAUGAUAAACAACAUGUUAGGGCAUGUUACUCUGAGUACAAUAGAUAAAACAGUACAACAGAUAAAAAGGGAUAUUAGUGGAAUAUUCAUUUUCAUUAGCCAUUUAAACAGUUUAGUGGGAAUAUUGUCGUUUUUGGAAUGAGGCCAGAACCCGAACAUUUUGUACAUGUAAAUGUAGUGAGUGUUCCUUUGGAUAAACUGUAGUAUCUGCAGCCAGUUUGUCUAUGCAAGUUGAUUUUCAUAUUAUAAUGAGACAACAUGAAAACUAAUGUCUGUCUGAAAGGUGGAGAAUUAGUCUAAAAACUGAAAAUGGUCAGGUAAUCAAACAGAGGUACAACACAGCACUGUUGGUUUUGUUUUUGUAAAGCUCCCAGCUGGCCACCAGCAUUCUUAGAUUACAGUAUUUGGUUAUAUUUAGGUUGACUUUGGGUGACCAAAAUUCAGUGUCAGGACAACAUUUAUUCUGUGUGUUUCUUUCUAUCAUUCUGUGUCCCCUCUCUAAAUUCGCAGGUUUUUGGGGGUCAGUGAACACAGGGCAUGCAGAACUCUACAUGAGUUCCUUUUGUCCUCAGCUGCACUUUGUGAUUCGCGGGAUAAAUAAUUGAUCUAUCAGUUCGUUCAGAGCUGAUCAGGUCAGAUUUAUGUAUGAGAGGAGCAGCUGCUGCAAGUGAAUGCAUUUGGACCCAGCAGAAUGAAUGGUUAAGUUUCAUUUUCAAUGUGCCUGCUGUUGUGCUGCUCAGUCUCUGCCCCAAGUAUGCUCUGUACUAUGACAAUGUGGUGCUGUAAAUAACCAGAUGGUUUAUAUAUUCCUACAGCACUCUUAAUCAACGGUCCAGAUCCAAAAAUAGAAAAUCUAUUUGUGGUGGCAGAUGUUUUUAUCAUGGCGGGCCGCCAUAAAUAAAUGAAUAUUCGGGAAACCGUGUUGUUAACAUCCACACAACGUGAAAUUCUAAUGUCAUCAGACAUUUAAAGUAUCAUCAACCUGAUUUUCAUUCCAACCAAAAUUUAACGUCCGUCUGACAUCAUAUUAAAGUCCGGUGCCAGACUUUAAUGGGAUCAGUAAUGAGUUACACUACACACACACACACACACACACAUACACACACAGAAUGCUGUAGCCAUUGUGUUGACAAUCCCUGGUUCCAGAACAAAUCAGCACCUCUUUGACACAAAACCUUAACCUCAUACACUUCACAUACCCAUUUUCCACCAAAUUAGCUCUGGUUGUUGAACUGGUUCCUAUAGGAUUCUUGAAGCCUCGGUGCUCUCUUGCAAACCAGCCUGCGUUUCUACCAGUUUUUUCAGAGCCAUUGUAAUCAAGAAUGUGUCAUCAACAAAGCUGUGGUGAAGAAGGGGUAACAGAGGUGGUGUGUUUGUUUGGUUACAUGCAUGUUUAAAAGGACUCACUAAUGGUGCACAUGAAAGUAUGUAAAGUAUAUCAUACAGUUGGCAUAACACAAACUACAUACACAGCUAACUGAGAUCACACAGCACCUUCUACCUGAUACCCAAACCAAUCCAAACAUAUCAACCCAGACAAUUUGGAUUUGAUUAGCUGAGGCUGCGAGGUCUCCAACUUUGAGACUUAAAGCACAGAGGUAAAUGGAAUUUGGUUUGUAAUCUGCAAAGCUUUGAACAUGACAUUUGAAAAUCUGAAUUGUCCAAAAACACCAUCCAAUUUACUGUAACUCAGGAUAAUCCACAGACCUCACUAUCAGCAGGUUGCAUUUAAAACAGUUUACGGCAGAAACGAGUUCUGUGUUCACAGCUAAAACUAUACUCUCUGUUUCUGUUUGAGGUUGAACAUUUCUACAGUGUGUUGGAGCUCUUCAUGAUGGGAUUAAGAUAUGUGUCAUUUCUGCUUUGAAUGAGAGCAGAGGAAAUUGUAUGAAAGCUAGCCAAAGAGCUGUUCUUCACUUUCUGUGACUAUGGAAACAAUUGUAUUUUUGAGAAGAAAAAAAAAAAACCUAAUGAAUUUUAGAUGCCUGUUGUUUUUCAUAAAGCCCUUCAGAGGUUUUAUUUUUAGAAGUGAAAUGUGAAACUGCAGACAGAUAAGUUAUAAUUUAAAGAUGAGAUACUCUCGUGCAAACAAAGAGUCCAGAUUCUAAAACACGAUAUAUAUAUUAAAUGUAUACUCCUUUAUAUUAUUGUAUAGCUGCCAACUCUUUUGUGGACUAUAAGAUAUAUUAAAUGUGUUUAAAUGGCA